AUGCAGCCUCCACCACAAACCAUCCCCACUGGGGCAGGUGGGCCCCCUCCACUGGCAACAUCACAGAACAUGUAUUGGCGAAGCAAUCCGUUUGGCAAGCGGGCCACCGUGCCAGUCUCUGCAGCCGCAGGCCCGGUGCAACCCGUGACAGACCCCUUUGCCUUUGGCAAGCAAGCCCCACAAGGCACCCAGUUUGCUGCCAGCAACAACCCCAGAGGCAAUCCACCUGUUGUGCAAGACUUUUCUCUAGCAGCGUUUCCUCCACAUGCAGCAGACAGUCCUCAUGGUCUUCUCUCAUUUUCCCCAGCAGCGCCUGCCUCUCAACCUGGAGGAAACAGUGCAUUUUCGAGUGUGGCAGCCCCCAUGCCAUUGUUUGCUCCACAAGUCACAAACAGUGCCGAAACGCCUUUGAGCAUUGAGCCUGGCAAGCGUACCCAUAGCCCUCUGGGGCAGCAUCAUUCCAUGGGGAUCGCUCUUGAAAAUUCUGUCAGCGGGCACCAGGGGUUGGCUCCUAUGCCAGACAGGCCUCUGAGCAGGCAGGAGGCUGGUGGGAAUCCAAGCAACCCUGCUUCCCUGUCAGCAUCUUUGUCUUUCUUCUCUCCUGCCCAGCAAACUGUGCCUCAGUGGAAACCCUCCCAAGGGAGCUCAGGGCCGCCUCAGGGCCAGGCUUAUUCUCCCUACCCAGAGCCACCAUCCCAAAACACCCACUAUGCUGUAACUCAGUCUGCUGCUGGUGUUUCCCAGCCAGGUCCCCACAUGGAGCCCCAUCAGAAUUCUCCGCAGCAGCCUCUCGUUCACAAUGCUGCUCAGGCCCCAUUGACGUAUGGCGAUGUCUCCAGCAUGACUUCCAGCCAGAGCUCUGGUCACCAUCACACUGCUUGGCAAAACACAGGAGCAGGGUGCCCUUGGCCCGGCCACCUCCCUCAAGAACACUUUUACCUGCAACCUCUUGAAACAACUUACACUCUUGGCAAUCCCACCACUCAAGAAAACGACUCCUCAGCGGAACCUCAAGGCGCAUCUGAAGCGGCCAGCAGGCAGUGCCCGACCAAUACUGAUUCAGGUACAGUUUCCAUGUUUUUCAAAGGAGAUGAGGCUGAGAAUGAGGAAAUCCUUUCAUCAGAAGGAGCCGAGCAGGCCAGCAGCAGCGCUGACACUUUUCAACAGACGAUGGGCCACACAUACUACCAGCCCCUCCACUCUCAGCAGAUCCCGGCAGCGUCUUUCUCUCCUAUGCAGGCAAGCACAGCUGAGGGCUUGGAAGCUCAGCAUCCCUUCAGAGCCACCUGUGAGCCACCUGAUGCCCAGGCUGGCAAAAGUGCAGCCUUCCUCACUGAAGACAAAGCCAGCCUUGCCGAUGCUCGAGGGCCUGUCAGCACGCAGUACGAAAACAUUGAGAACCUGGAGUGCGUUCCAAACCAGGAAGUCCUGCCGAGCGAGCCUACAAACCAGAGUCGUUUGUCUCCCGGGGUGGCCCCAGAUCCGACCAGGUACACCUCACUGCUGGGCCCAUCACUGCCGAAGUCUAGCGCCACCAGCCGUCUGGAAAGAGGGCCAAACCUUGAAGCGCCUGAUCUGUUGCCUCACCCCAUCCGGUCCGACAGUGUCUCCUCCAACUACAGCAGUCUGAGCCAGUGGAGUCUUCCCAGCGCAUCUCAGCCACAGGAGCUGGGCACAUUUAUCCAGCAGGAGAGUGGGAAGCUCCCAGAGGAGGAGGCAUCAUCGUCUUCCUCCGUGGGCUUCUUCAAGCAGAUUGAUUCCUCCCCUUUGGGAGGGGAUGGUAGCAGGCAGAGCCCUGGCAAGAGUUACCACCACAGCGGCCCUCUGUCCCAUGCACCCACCCCAAGCCCCCCCAAGCCCAUGGGGGUCUUUCAGACGAGCGCCAACAGUUCAUUUGAGCCUGUCAGGUCGCAUGGGUUGGGGGUCAAGCCCCCUGAGGCCGACCAAGCGAAGAUGGUGGCCGAGCUGAGAGAGAGCCUUUCAAGUGCCAAGAAGAGCCAGGCCACCCCAGUCGCCUCACCGGGGAACCUGGAGCAGCCUCCCGAUAAUCUGGAGACCCUUUUCGUGCCCCGGGACUACCCCUUGCCUCUCACAUUGGGGAGUGGUGCUGCAGGGCCUCUGCAACCCAGCGGUGGGUCCUUGGUGGAAAACGUGCAGUCGGUCCCUGAGAAGAAACUGCCAGGCAGGGCCCAGGGAAACAGGAAAAAAUGUGAGAGCCCAGCCACUACGCUCUGGGCCCAAAGUGAGGUGCCAAAUUUUGGGGGGAAUGUGCUGUUGGCCCCGGCUGCUCCAGCAGUGCAGGUGCCGACCAAGCAGGCAGCCCAGGUGCUCCAGCCACCCGAGGAAGGUUUGCCUGGUCAGCAGUCCCUCUCACCAGGGUCCAUCCCCCACCCAACAUCCCUGGCUGGGAAUGUGUCUUCCGAAAACUUGGAAAACCCUCCCAAACUGGGGGAAGAAGAGGCUCUUCGCUCCCAGGCGAGUUCGGGUUACGCAAGCCUCCUCUCCUCCCCACCUACGGAGGCUCUGCAGAACCAGCCUGUCCUGAUCGCCCAGCCAAAUCAAAGCUACAGCUUGGCUCAGCCAGUUAAUUUCUCCCUCACAGAUCAGCUGAGCAAGAGUGAAAGCAGCCACUUGGCAAAAGAUCCCGGGGGUGGCAAUAAGCCUCUACUGGGCUUCCACACCAGCAGAAACCCUCAUAGUGAAACCAUGCCUCUGGGGCAACCCAGACCUGCAGGUCAGGCAUCUGUUUCUGCUGCUGCUCUGUCAAAUUCUAAUUUUUUACAAAAUCCCCUCGGCACUUCUGAAAUGGCCUCGAAUAAACCUUCCACCUCACUGAUGCACCCAGCCUCCGAAGGCACCUUCAACUUAGCUUCCGAAAGCCAAAAGGCUAGUGUUUCAGAAGGGCUUCCUUCAGACUUGUCUGGCAAGUCUAGGGCUAAUGCCUCCAGUGUGACGUCAACCCCUCUGACCCUCGCUACGGGCCCUGUGAACAGCAGUCCCAAGAACUCAGGCAGUCAGGAGCUUCCCAGAGUGCUAGAUUUUACGGUAGCAAAGUCCCAGGAGCAAAGCAGCACCACCAGCGGCACCCAGGUGCAUAACCAGUCACUCUCCAGUGGGCUGGUGUUUGGUCACCCUGGCCGAGGGGAGAAUGAGGUUCAGGAUCCACAGCAUUUCUAUCAGCAGGUCACAAAAGAUGUGCAGCCUCCGGGUGGCACUUCCCCCCUGCAGCAGCAGCAGCAGCAGGCAGCAUCCUCAGGGCAGCCCCAUGCUCCGUCCAACCCCCAGGUGCAUCCUGGAAGCAGCUCUGCCCAGCAGCCCCCAGGCCACAGGACUUAUGAGGCUGAUGGGGGUUUGGUAACCUACGCUCAGGCGUCCAUGGAGAGCAAGCCGGUGUCGUCGAGCCAACCUCAGAGUGCUCCGGCUGCCACCAGCCAGACUAAUGCAGUGACAGUGGCUGGUCAGCCAGCCGGGAUCCCCUCUCAGCAUGAGCCGCAGCACCCGCCGCCUUCUCAGACCCCCUGCCAGACCACCUUCAUCCAGCCACAGAACCCUUACUACUACUAUGGGCACCCCUACAACAGUUAUCCUUCGUACCAGACGCCAUACCCUCCAGUGGACCCCAGGACUGCUCACCUUUAUUACCAGGUGGGCUCACAGGUUGUUUUUCCUCUGUGCCGUUCUGUGGUUGGCUGUAGGUGGGGUGGUGAGGUGGUAGGGAGGGUGGGCGUGUUAGCGGAAGCCCAGGGGGAAAAGCAAUGGCUGGCUUAGUGGAAAAAAGGGGGGGUUGCUUCCACAUUGAAAAUCUUCCUUUCCCCCUUCUCUCAGUUUCUCUCUUCUGAACAGCUGAUGGACAGAUGUCAGCUGAGAAUCACAGAAUUGUGGAGUUGGGAGGGACCUCCCCAAGUAUCAUCUAGUCCAACCUCCCUGCAAUGCAGGAAUCACAGCUAAAUAAUUUAGUUAUUCAUUUAUUUAUUCAUUCAUUGAAUUAAACUUCUUACUUGCCUUUUUUAUCAUCAGAUCCCAUGGUGGGUUAUUUACAAGCAUUAAACAAAAAAAAUAUCAAAACAAAAGCAGUUCCAUAUAUAGAAACAUAGAAUUCUACAGUUGCAAGGGACCCCAAGGCUCAUCUAGUCCACCCCCUGUAAUGCAGGAAUCACAGCUGAAGAAUCCCUGAUGGAUGGACAUACAACCUGUUUUAAAAACUCCAAUGAAGGAGAAAGUUCUGAGAAAGUUCAUUCCACAUUCUUAACAGCUCUCACCAUCAGAAAAUUCUUCCUAAUAUUUAAUCAUAAUCUCCUGACUUGCAAUUUGAAAUCAUUAAUUAGGAUCCUCUGGAGCAGCAGAAAACAACCUUGCUCCAUCUCUCAUGUGACUGCCCUUUGAAGAUUGGCUCCCACGUUGAAGAUGGAACAAGCUUAGAAUCAUAGUAUUGUAGAGUUGGAAGGGACCCUGCGGAUCAUCUAGUUCAACCUCCUGCAUUGCAGAGGAAUCUCAACUAAAGCAUCUAUGCCAGAUGGCCACCCAACCUCUGCUUAAACACCUGCAAGGAAGGAGAGUCCACCACCUCCUGGGGGAAUCCAUUCCCCUGUCAAACAGCUCUUGCUGUCAGAAAGUUCUUCCUGAUAUUUAGUUGGAAUCGCCUUUCUUGUAACUUGAAUCCAUUGGUUCGGGUCCUCCCCUCCAGAACAGAAGGAAAAAAAGCUUGCUCAAUCUUCCAUGUGAUGUUCCUUCAGAUAUUUGAAGAUGCCUUGGUUUUUGCUGCUCCAGAGGGGGUUGGAUGAAAUCCCAACUGCAGACUAAGGUUCCCCACUCCUGAUGCUCUCAAAAUGUUUUCAACUAGAACUCUAUCCCUGAUCAGUUUCUGUGCGAGUUGCCAGGAGCUCUAAUGCCAACAUAUCUGGAAUGCAGUGGCAUGUGGGAAGGUCUAGCUUUGCCUAUCAUUUGAAUGUGGCCAGAGGACUUGGCUGGUUUAUGCCGCUCUUUGACUAGAGCCUUCUCCCUGCACCCAGUUUUAAUUUGUUUUUGUCUUUUUUACUUUUGGCUAUGCUUGCACAACUACCAGUUUAUGGAAACCACAGGAGGGUAGAGUUGCUGUUGUGCUCGGGUCCUGCUUGGGAGCAUUUUCCCAUUGGGACAUCUUUUUUCCCCACCAUGAGGACAGGAAGCUGGACUGGUUGGGCCUCUUUUAGCCUGACCUGUCAGCCUUGCUGUUACGUUCUUAAUUAGAAAGACAUUCAGGGUGAAGGGAUUUAGAAACUUCAAAAACCAGCAAAGAGGAGGAUCAUGUGGGUUCCCCCAAACAUGUGAUACCACAUGGCAAUUGUUGAAAGGAAUGAUGGCCUAAACUCCCCAUUUCUCCUGACGUCUGAGCCUUUAUUCUUUCCAAAGCUUCUCUAGUUAGCAGUUGGCAAAAGGUCAGCUGGGAGAGGAAGAGGAUCUAGAUGUGGUGGACUUCGGCUCUUGAGUUUUCUGUUGAGUAAUAUAUAACCUCUUGCCUCUAGGAGCAUCCAUACGGCCGAUAUGAUCCUGCCUCCCAGCAUUAUGACACCACGGCACCCAGUAGGAACGCUAGGAGCUAUCAUCAGGGGGAGCCAGAACGCCCCAGCUCCAGAGCAAGCCACACCUCUGAUAAACCCUCCUCCAGGUGUGCAGUCCUUGAAAGCGGCGUGGGGUGUGUGUGUUUAUGUGUGCACCCCUUUCUGAAAGACACUUUAGCCAACCCUCACCCCAUCCAGAAGUUUCCUGUUCAUUUUUAAAAAUAAAAAUACUUCUAUAUUGCUUUUCAUAAAUAAAUAAAAUCAGAGCAGAUUGUGACAAUUGUGCAUCAAACCAUAAGACAAGCACCAUAUAAAAAAAGUAAACGUAAAUCUGCUAACUAUCGUGGAAAGAUGUAUUCUUAAUUGCCUGUGUAAGCCUGAUGGAAUACGAGCAUUUAAAAGUUGACAUAGAAGGCAUCCGCCUGAACCUCUAUUUGCAGAAUAAAUUUAUGGCUGCUGCAGUGUGAAACUACAAAGGCCUGUUGUGUCCUGGCUUUACCAAGCAAUCUGGUGCUUGUGAAGUGGUUCUAAAGCAUCAGGAAGAACAAAGUAAAUGGGAAGCCAUCAGUUAAAUUUUAGCAAGAAACAACCAGUUAAGAGCUUCAAGUUGUGUGAUAUCACUGCAGUUCAGUUGUGAGCUGAUGGACAUGGAUCUCUUUGAUGAUUGAUGUUUAAAACAAAUAAAACAACCCCCCUCUUCCUUCCUCUUGCAGGCAGGGAUAUCCUGAAGAUUACUACAACACCAAAGGCGGAUGGAAUGAUUACUACUCGGACUAUUAUGUAAAUCCCUAUGAUUAUGGAGGUAGGGAAUAUCAGUGGGUUGCUGUUUUUUUUGUCCUUCAGCAAAACACAUUUUAUAACCAUUCCUUCAUCUUAUAGUUAACCUAAAUCUAGCAUUAUAUUCUCCCUUUUCCGCUGAGGACCCUUAUAACGUUUGCAGAGUUUCAAAGAUGGAGGCAAGCAGCAGGUUUAUAGGGAUGAUCUUGUACUGGAGAAGAGCAUGGUUGAUUAGAAAUAUUGGAAGAUGCAUCACAUUGAGUCAGACCAUUGUUCCAUGUAGCUCAGUCAUGUCUGCACUGACUGGCAGCGGCUCUCCAGGUUUUCAGGCAGGGAAUUUUUGCCAGCCCUACCUGGAGAUGCCCCUAGAGAUUGAACCUGGGACCUCCUGCAUGUGAACCAGAUGCUCAGCCACUGAGCUUUGUGGCCUUUCCUUUAAAAAUAAAGUAAAAUCUUAGUCAUCAUGGCUGUGAAUAAAUACCUUGGGCAAGAUUCUUGUGUGGGUGGUUACAGACCAGAUACAGGUGUACCAUAGAGGAAAUGGAUUUUGUAGAUCCAUUUCAAUCAGGGUUUAGGCCCAGUUUCGGCACAGAAACUACUUUGGUUGCCCUGUCACUCAUUGUGCUCAUGAAGCUAGUAAGGGAGCUACUGAUGCUAAUUUCAAGCUACCAAGUGAAGUUCUUCUUUGAACCUUUUAUACUUCACUGACCUGGAAAAGUGUUUUUAAGAUUUGUGAAUAAUUAAUUUGUAAAUCUACAGUAGCAGUUUUCUCAUUCAUGAUAAAAGCUAAUCCCUAGGUGUGGAAUUGUAUGUCAGUAAUGAAAUUGGCAACUUUACAAGUUUGAGGAGGAAAAAACCAAGCAGCAUUGGUUGUAAGAAAAUGGAUUUGUAUGUUUUGGAAUGAUGCAUAGCAAUGCCCCCAUUUGCCUUGCUGAGGAUGUUUUAAUUUUAUUAUAUAUUUUGAGGUGGCUUUGUUUUGAAAUUCCCAGGCUGUAGCCUUAUGGAUGCUGACUUGGGAGUAAAUCCUGUUGAACUCCCUGAGUGCCUCCAUUGCUAAAGGUGGAAAUGCAGGGUGUGCAUGUCCCAGUAAAUUAGCUCAGAGGUUUAUUACCUUGCAUGGGAUUUGGCUAAAAAAUAAUCUCAAACCUAAAAAUAAUAUUUUCUGGAGAGAGAAAGAGGGCACUUCCUUGAUGGCAAACUCCAUCCUCUUCAAAACCUGACCCCAUUAGUUUUCAGAGGGGACAUUCCAGUUCUAUUCUUAAUUAUAGCUGAAACAGCCUCAAGUUCACACAACUCUCUUACACACACCUUGUAUAAUAAAUAGCCGGGAUGCCAUUUUUAAAUUUGACACGCCUGGAUUUUCAUAUAGAAUGCUAGCAUGUGCUCUCUGUUUCUGGCAAGUCUUAAAAUGUGGCUUGAAAUGGUUGUGUGAAGCUCCUGGGAUUACUGAUUCUCUUCCUUUGCCCUCCUAAGGUCCAAGCCGUUACCCAUACGACGCCAGGUACAGAGACCCCAGUGUUUACGACCAGAGGUACUGGGAUUACCCAGAACAGCACCCUUACCAAAAGAGAGAGGCCUAUCCCUACGCAAACAGGUUUGUGAACCUCUGGAUGUCUGGAAUGGUCUUGAUGGGUGUUUCUCAAAACACCAAGUGCACCUCCCACCCCCAGAGGAUUGAAACUCGUGAAGUAGCAGGAUCACAUUCUGGGCCUCACAUUUGAGUAGGAAAAUCCCCUCCUUGGCAGGGAACUUCCUCUGUCAGAAUUCUGCUGCCCUUGCAGGGCCUGGCCAUGGCAGCAGUGGCAGAAACAGCUAAGGUUCUCCUGGCUUCUGAGCCUGCAUGCGAUCUCAAAGGACUGGAUGUCCAAAGGACUGGCAGAGGCUGGAGAACUUCAAGUGGAUUGAGGUGUCUAUCUGUCCUUUAGCUGUGAUUCUCACAUUAUCUGUGAUUCCUGCAUUGGACUAAAUGACCCUUUGAGUCCCUUCCAGUUCUACAGCUCUAUGAUUUUGCAGACUUUGAAAUCUCCCUGUAAUAGUGUGGAAUACAGGUGACAUCCACACCACACACUUAAAGCACUACGGUAUAAUGGUGUUUUUAUGUAGAUGGGACCUAAUCACAUUCACACCAUACAUUGAAAACAACAUGACACCACUUUAAAAAGUCAUAGCUAAGAAGUGUAGUUAAGGGUUCUGAGAGUUGUUACAAAACCCCUAUUCCCCUCACAAAGCCACAAUUCCUAGAGUUCACUCAGAAGGAGAUUGAUUGUUGAAACAUUGAGAAUUCUAGCUUUGGGAGGGGAAUGGGAGGGGGCAGUCUCCCCACAACUCUCAGUACCCUGUACAAAUUACAGCUUCCGGGAUGCUUUGGGGAAAGAAGCCUUGAGUGUUUGAAGCAGUAUAGCGCAGUGAACGUGGCCUCAGUUUUACAGUGGAAAUUAGGAUUUGAAGGGCCCCGUUGCAGGUCCACACCAAGUAGGCAGAGCUCAGCAGUGGCACCAGCAGGGCCUUUGAGGGUUAACAAGGCACUCUUGUAGGCCCCUGGGCCCCUGUCCCUUGUAGACUUUAUGUGCCAGCACUGACCCCUUAAAUCAGGCUCACUGGCAGCCUGUGCAGUACUUUCAGGACCCCUCAGUUUGGAGCUUCCCCACAAUCCCAAGGCCUCCCUUGCACUUUCUUUUGUGUUUUGUUUCCAUGCCUUGCAGCCACAACCAGUAUGAGGAGCACUGGCAGUAUGACCCCCGUUUCACCGCCAGUUUUGAUGACCUAGAGCCUCGCCGGAACCUCUAUGGGGACGAGUUUGACCGACACAGUGUUCACAGCGAACAGUCUGGCCACAGCCUGCGCAGCUCCCACAGCCGGCGGAGCAGCUUCAGCUCGCGCUCCCAGCAGGUAAGACUUUGGCCUGUCUCUGGAGAAUCACCUGGCAGCACGAAAGAACCCCCAGCGCUGCAGUCUGGGUUCCCCCCUCCCCCUGCACUAGCUGUGCCUCAGCUGGGUCUCGCUGAUUUCUCUCUCCACCUCCACCACCAAAAGAAACUGUCCCAGGGUUGUUGUUGUUGUUGUUGUUGUUAUUGUAUUUAUUUAUAUCCCGCCUUCUUCCCUGACAGAGACUCAAGGUGGCUUAAGGAUAAAAUAAGAACAGCUAGAAACCUAUGUGGGAGGUGGAGAAAAUAAUUUAAAAAGCAAGUAAACAUUAACAGAAACACACACGCAUAUAUAUGAUUUAUUAAGGCCUACAAAUAAUUACAAUAAAGAUGUCACAGCACCAGCUCUUUUCUUAAUAAAGAUAUGAUGAUGAUGAUACUAUUAAUACUAUUCUUAUUGAUGUUCAAUGCUUUAUAUCUUGCUUUUCUCAGAAGUUGGGGUUCAAGGCUUCCAAAGUUUAAAAACAUCAUUGUAAAAUAUAAAGUAAUAAAAGGAAACUAGUUAAAAACAAUACAGUGGACGCUCGGAUCCGUGCGGGAUGCACGUUCGCAACCCGCAGUGUUCGCAACCCGCAUUGCACACACACAGGUUGUGAUUCGGCGCUUCUGCGCAUGCGCGACCGCCAAAACCCGGAAGUAACCUGUUCCUGUACUUCUGGGUUUCGGCAGUCCGCAACCCAAAAAGACGCACCUGAAGCUGCUGUAACCCGAGGUAUGACUGUACAUCAAAACACAUUUAAAACCAGCAGUUAAAAACAGAGUUUGCUCCGACAGCAGCCCAGUGGUUCGCACCACCUGCACCUUAGUCUUCCAAAGGUCUGUCUGUACAGGGAAGUCUCAGCCUGCCAGCAGAAUUAUAGCAAGGAGGGAACCAUCCUGACCUCUCUUGGGAGAGAAUAUCCUCAGGGAGCAGCUGAAGAAACUUCACUCUCUCUCACGUCACCCCCAACCAUUCUUCUGAUGUGGAUGGCACUUAGAAGGUGCUCGACUGAGGAUAUUAGAACCUGGGCAGGUCCUUGUGGUUUAUUAGGACAACCUGGGCUCUCACUUGAAGGGCGGUGAGUAGCUUGUACCUUGCCAUUUCCUCUGCUCAAACUCUGGCCCUUAAGCACUUCUUCCUUAUGUUUCCCUUCCAGAGCCAGCUGUAUCGAAGCAACCAUGACCUGACAGCUGGCACCUAUGAAGCGAAUCACCAACCAGUCUCACUCCACACAGAGUAUUCCUAUGACCACUUUGGCGAGCAGUCCCCUUUCAUGGACAGCUAUGCAACUCAAGCUGCGUGGAUGACUGUGGAACAAGGUAGCACCUGGGCGGCUUCUUGGGCUUUAUGCAUCCAGUAAGGUGCAAACAGAGAGCCGACACCUGCCAGACGUUUGUUCUUAACCUGCCUGCCUGUUUCCUUCCCCAUCGCAGCCCCUUCAAGGCCUCUGCCGCCUGAGAAAUUUUCAGUGCCCCAUGUCUGCUGCAGGUUCGGUCCUGGGGGCUACCUGAUCAAGGUCCUGGCAAACCUGCCUUCAGAGGGGCAGCCAGCUUUGGUUGAGAUCCACAGCAUGGAGGUAAGGGAGGGGAAGGCCUGCCUCAGCUGUGCUCCACCCAGGACUCUGUGUCCUAUUGUUAAUGCUACAGAAUCUCUCCCUGCCUUACCAAGUUUGCAGGCUAAACCAUCCUGUAUAAAACAUUGCUCUGUUCAUUUAUUUGUUGCGUUUAUAUCCCACCUUUCCUUCAAGGAGCUCAAAUAUGAGGCCUAAAGUGGUGGAAUGAACAAAUUAUUUAGACGGUGCAAAAAAGUUAAAAUGGAGCUUUGUUGGAAGAGCUUCUAUUUAUUUGUUGAACUUGACUAAUUAAGACUCUUUUUAAACAGACAAAAUAGAGGAGGAGGCUUUCUAGGAAGCUUCCGGUUCAUGCCCAGCUUUCAUUGCUGUCCUUGCUGGUCACACACUUGAAGUGCCAGGAGAUCUGGGACAAAUGUAUUUAAUAAUAAUAAUUAAUAAUGCUUAAUAACACUUAAUGUGUGUAAAUGGCCAGCUCGUUUUUUAAAAAAUUAUGAUGAUAUGCAAUGAAACAAAGCUUGCCAUUAAUUUCACUAAGCCUUCUAAAAUAUUUAUCCCAUUGCUUUUCUAUAUGUGAUGUGGUUGUAAACUGUACUUUAUAUUAAUAAGUAAGUGUGUGUGUGUGUGUGUGAAUACACACAAUUGUUUUCAUGGUUUUUAUAUGUAGUUAUCUGUUUUAUAUAUUUCCUUAUAUUGAAAAUAACUUUGGCUUGCCUCAUGAAAUAAUAAAUUAUUAUUAGUAUUUACCAUGACAUUUGUCACUUCAGGGGUAUAUUUUAGAACCCACCAUAUUUCUGUGAUUGUAAGCUGUUUUAAACUGGUUUGCAUACUGUGUUUUAAUGUUGUAAUCCUGCCUGGGACCUUUGACUGAUGACUGGGUAAUACAUUAUUAUUGUUGUUAUUAUUAAUAGUUAUGUCCCCCUUAAUUCAGCAGAGCCCACUCUCCCAUUGCUGAGUUCCCUAAUUUGUGAGUUCAGCAGGGUCUAGUUAGUGCUGCCUUCAGUGUAAUGAGAUGCAUCACAGACCCUGUCCAUGAUGCUCCCCUCUGCUUGCCUUGCAGAUGGUGAUGCAGCACUCUCUGGAGCAGGAGGAGAUGAGAGCCUUCCCUGGCCCCCUCACCAAGUAUGUGAAGCACUUGCCUUUCGUCACGUCGGAGGUUGCUCCGAGCUGCCUCCCUUGGAGGCCUAGUUCCCUGCCUCACCACUGCUUUCUCUUCUCCUCCUUAUAGAGAAGAGACUCACAAAGUGGAUGUUAUCAAUUUUGCCCAGAACCAAGCCACCCGGUGUUUUCAGAAUGACACUCUGAUCGACAAGGAGUCUGCCCGGCUCCUCUGGGACUUCAUCAUUCUCCUGUGCAGACAGAAUGGGGUAAGAGUUCUGGGCUUCCUGCUAAAUAUCUGAACCAGUGAAAUGCUUAAUAUCCUGCAGAUUAAUCCUUCCAACUCACUGUGCUUUCAGUUUUAUGGGAUGGUUGCAGUGAUGUACAGGGAAAGGCAUGCCCUGCCCCGCCCUCCCACCUUGAGCUUUGAAAGAAUGCCUGAAUGCAGAGCUAAAGAAUGAUAAUCACUCUUUGGGUAUAGUCUACCAAACAGUUAAUUUUACUAAACAAACCAAAAGUCACACUUGUCUGCGAACUCAAGUCCUGCAGUUUCUGGGCUAAGGGGGACCAGCUAGAUGUUUCUCUCCCCACCCCCUUGCCAGGUUGUGGGAUGUCUCCAUCCAAGCUGCCCUUUUGAAAGAGUGUUGCUGUCCACUGCUUUCCUUGCAGACAGUGGUGGGCACAGACCUUGCUGAGCUCUUGCUCCAGGAUCAUCGCACAGUGUGGCUCCCAGGGAAAUCACCCAAUGAAGCAAACCUGAUUGACUUCACGAACGAGGCCCUGGAGCAGGCAGAGGAGGAGUCUGGAGAAGCCCAGCUCUCCUUCCUCUCAGACAGCCUCAUCGCCACCAUUGGCAACCUCGAGAAGGAGACAGACCGGUUCCGGGAGCUCUUGCUCUAUGGCCGCAAGAAGGUGACGGGCUAGGGACGGCUAAUUUCCUUCUUUCUUACAUAACAGUAAUACGUAUGUGUGUGUAAAAUUUUAGUGUUGUUACUGAACCAAAGGCAACAAAAACAGCACUAUGACUCCCAAUUCUGGAGAUACCUUAAUCUUUGUUAUAAUAGUAAUUUCCACCUUACAAUGGCAGAUGUUUCUGUUAAAAGGAAGGGAGGAAGUGUUUCGCCUGACAUUAGUGCAAACUGCUGGGUACUGGUCCUGAUUGGUUUUGCAUUUGUGAUGGUGGUGAUGUCCCACCAACUCUCCAGCAAAAGCGUCCUUGUGUAUUCUUCUUCUUUGCCAGUCAUAGCUUGCAUGUUGGGUUUUCAGUGAGGGCGAUACACCACACCCUUCUAUACCAAGAUGUUGAAGUAGCCCCUUUAAGGUCUUUCUAGAAGCUGGCAUUGACCCUAGGUGCUGACACCAAAAGAAAUCUGAUUAAAGGUUUCUCAGUCAAAUGCUGGUUUCUUCCUGAGCAUGUGUUGGAGUGAGGAGGAGAGCUAUGGGUGCUGAGCACACCCCAGGGGAGAUCCAUGCCCAGCUUGACAAGUUUCUGUCCCCCCCCCCCCCUCGCACCAGGACGCUCUGGAAUCAGCCAUGAAACACGGGCUCUGGGGCCACGCUUUGCUGCUGGCCAGCAAGAUGGACAGUAGGGCUCACGCAAGAGUGAUGACCAGGUAAGAGAUACCUACCUCCAUGUGCACUCCCAGCCCUUUUUCCAGUGAACUUCAAUACAUUUUUAAAACUCUGCUGCCGUCACCUGGUUACCCAUACCUGUUCUUUACUCGUCUCUUGCCUGCAGUAAGCAAAUAAAUGCGCUUACCACGAUGGGUACAUGUUCUCUCUCCACUAUCAGAGGCAAUAUGCCAAUGAAUACCAAUUUCUGGAAAUCAUAGGUGGGGAGAAUUGCAGCUGUUUUCUCAGGUCCUGCUUGCAGGCUUCCCAUCGUGGGCAUCUGCUUGAUCACCAUAAGACGGCUGGACUGCACAGUCUAGCAGACUUCUUAUGGGUGGCUUUAAAAAGGGAUUUACCAAAUCGAAGGAGGAGAAGGCUAUCAGUGGCUACUAGCCACAAUGGCUUUGUUCUGCCUCCACUGCCAGAAGCAGUAUGCCUCUGAAUACCAGUUGCUAGAAACCACAAGUGGGAAGAGUUGAUGUUGUGUUCAGGUUUCGCAUUUGGGCUUCCCAUUGGAGCAUCGUGUUGGUUGCUGUUGGACUGGCAUGCUGGACUUGAUGGGUUCCCUUUGCUUGAUCCAACUGCUGCUGCAGGGCUCUUCUUAUGCCUUCAAAGUGCCGUUGGACUCUCUUAAUGUCUCCUUAGAAAGACCCCUGACUUUGUGUGUUCUUGGCUUGUCAGGUUCGCCAACAGCCUCCCAAUCAACGACCCCCUGCAGACUGUCUACCAGCUCAUGUCCGGGAGGAUGCCCGCAGCAUCCACAGUGAGUCCUGAGUGAGAGCCUGCCUUGUCCCUGCCCAUUGGAGGAGGCCACAAUUCCUCAUUGGGCAAAGGGCUUUCAGUUUUGUGCGUGCUUAAACAGGAAUGCACUGUUAAGUGCUCCCUUAGCAGCCAUGCACUUUGUGAAUUUGUAGUUAUUUAUUCGUCAGACUUGCAGUGGCUCAUCUUAUUUUAUAUCUUUAUGCCUCCAUUCACAUUAGUCCCAAGGCAGUGUGCAAAACAAUUGUAAAAGCAAAACAGUAAAAUCACAGUACAGUGGUGUUGUUGUUUUUAAUGCAGAAACAAACUGAAAGGCAGAGGUAAAGACUUAGCAGUGUACUGGAAAAUUCAUUUAUCCUGUCUUUCUCUCCCUGCCACCCCCCACCCCCCCGCUAGUGCUGUGGAGAUGAGAAAUGGGGAGACUGGAGACCCCACUUGGCAAUGGUCCUUUCCAACCUGACAAAUAACAUGGAGGUGGAGCACAGGACAAUCACCACCAUGGGCGACACGCUUGGUAAACCACAGAAGCAAAUCCCACCGAUGGAGAUUGGGGUGGGAGGGAAGAGUGAUCAGUCUCUGGGAACAGAGGGUCCCUGGGCCUCAGUCCUCUCCUGCCCCCGUUUUAAGGGAUGCCUUUUGUCUUUUGCCACAGCUUCGAGAGGCCUCCUAGAUGCUGCUCACUUCUGCUACCUGAUGGCUCAGGUUGGAUUCGGAGUCUACACGAAGAAAACAACUAAGCUGGUUCUGAUUGGCUCAAACCACAGGUGGGUGGGGAGGAAUGGGUUGCCAUGAAGCCCUAAGUAAUAAAUUUAUAACCCACUUUCUAAAGAGGGGUGAGCCUUCACAAAGCAGCAUGCAAACAGCAAAUAACCAACACAAACACAGUUUCAAAUGCAUUGAAGCAGCCACCCUUCAUUAUCACCAUUUUUUUUUUAAAAAAAAAGAGCAUUAAAGCUGCCUCUCCCUGACUCAGGGUUGUGGUUGUUGUGCAGGAAAGCCUUGCCUUUGUGUACAUUUUGAUAUGCACCUAUUGCUGAUCCCUGGGCCAAUUGCAGCCUCGCUGAGGGACUGCGGCUUGUCUCUCUGCCCCUGUCCCAUGUUUCUAUCUCUGAGGCCAAAGAAGGGCCAUGGCAAUAAAAUUUGCUGAUGGAGCUGUUCAAGGGGUGCCAGAGGGUCUUGCGCCUUUUUCUACCUCCAUAUUCUAAAUGGCCUUCAAGUCAAGUGCCUGUGUCUCAUUCACAAAAUACUUUCCUAUCCCACCCCCUUCUGUUUACCUUUCAGUUCACCUUUUUCAAAGUUCUCCACCAAUGAAGCCAUCCGAAGGACAGAAGCCUACGAAUAUGCGCAGUCCCUGGGGACACAACCAUGCUCGUUGCCCAAUUUCCAGGUUUGGGGUGCCUCCUGUCUUCUCAGUCUCCUGGGUGAUGGCUGCUCUUUGUCCCCUUGUUGUUUUGCAGUGGUUGCAAAUGCUUGACAGCUGUUGUCCCCUUCCACUUUGAUCUUGCUUAUAAUGUGCAACACAGCUCAAGUUCUGAGAAAGCAUGGAAAAGGAGCACCUUGCCCCUGCAGUUCAGGAGCCUUUCUUGGGAAUGUGUGCUGGAGGAAGCUCCUUUUUGGCUUGUGUGUGCUGGGGGCGGUGGCAACCCCCAGCCCCACCUCCACCCCACCCUCUGGGCCACACAGCUUCAGGGCAGGAGAGAGGGAGAGGAAGGAAAAGCAAAAGAUGGGAGUGGCCACAGACGCUGGGAAAGGAGUGUUUCAGGUUGGAUGCAUGGAGCUGUGGAGAGAUCAGAUCAUUUUUUUAUACCAUCACAGACUCGCUAAAACAAGAGCACACACAGGAUAAAUCCUGAGCAUGAAAACAUCUGCUUGCUUAAAAUGCAUUGUAAUACAGGUACAAAGGAUUUAGCAAAAGAUAGAAACCUAAGAUUAAAAAAUUGCAGCUAAAAUGAGAGCAUCGCCUUAGAAUCCUAGAAUUGUAGAGUUGGAAGGGACCACAAGGGUCAUAUAGCCUCCCCCCUUGCAAUGCAGGAAUCUUUUUGCCCAGUGUGGGGCACAAACCAAACAACCUUGAGAUUGAAAGUCUCUUGCUCUGCCGACUGAGCUAUCCCUCGGAUCUUGAGAGACAUUUGAGCAGAGGAGAGGAACUUGGCCACUAAGCCUGUUCUUUAACACCUGCUGAAAAUAUUUCUGUUUUGCCAGCCCUACAUGGGCAGUUAAGAAGACAUCCUUCCACAACUGUUAAUUGCUGUCUUAUUUCUAACCUUUUUAAUGGCUUUUAUUGCAAGCUUUUAAGGUUUUAUUGUUGUGACCCGUUUUCAUUUUUUUAAUGACACAUUGAUCAUACAAAUACCUUUCUUAAUUAACUUGCUUGCAUCAGCCGAAAGCUAUUCCAGGCACGAUCCUGGUGUCCUCGAAGGGUGUUUCCUCAUAAGGGGGCAAAGUCCCCUGUUACAUUCCUCUCUAUGAAGGUUACAUGACCCAGACAUGAGCUGUUGAGAAGAGUCCGGAGUGAACGCCAGGGCAGGGGCUGGGCACUAGGCACCUUGUAGGUUUGGGCUGCUUGAGAAGAAAUGACAGCUCUGAGGUUCUGGAACAUUGGUGCUGCUUGUGCAAGCAGCAUGUCUAGGCCAGGCACCCUCAUGCUUUUAACUGCUGCUGCUGCUGCUGCUGCUGCUGCUGCUGCUGCUGCUAAGGCCAUGCUCCCAAAUCACCUAAGAUUCAAAAUCCUCUUUCUUACAGGUUUUUAAGUUUAUCUAUGCCUGUCGACUGGCCGAAGUGGGGCUGGCCGCACAGGCCUUCCAUUACUGUGAAGUGAUUUCCAAAGCCAUCCUCAAGAACCCCUGUUACUAUUCCCCGGUCCUGAUUAGUCAGCUGAUCCAGGUACAGUAUAUUGGGGGUGGGGGGGAGGUUCAGCUGCCUUUUUCCAGUGCUGUGUGUCUUGGUUAAGGUAGGCCCCUCCGAACACAACACACAGCCCUCUCUAAUGUUUCUAUAAGCAGUUAGUCCCUGGAUAUCUUCAGUGGAGAGGGAAACAUAAAGUUAGAAAUGACUGCAGUCUGUGCUUGAAUGCAGCAUAUAUUCUGGACUUGUCCCAAAACUUAGAACAUUCUGGGAAGAUACAGCAAUGAAAAUUUAAGUAAUACCUGACUAUAAUUUACGUAUGGAUCGUCAGAUUUUGCUAUUCAUAAAUGUUAAAGAAACUGUACUAAUAGAGGACAGGGAAUUGAUGCAACAUCUCUUGCCUGCUGCCAGAAUUAUUAUCUGUCAUGACUGGGGAGGAAAUGAGAACACCAUCCAUGAGGAAUGGAUAACUAAAAUCUGGGACAUAGUUAACAUAGUUAAGCUCACAUAUAUAGUGAGAACCAGAGAGGGCAGACUAAAAGAUAGUGUCUUCAUCAGGAAAUGGAGUCUUUUUAUAAUGUGCUGAAGUAAUAAGGUACAGGAGAAUGUUAACCCAUUUCUGUCACUUGAAACUUUGUGAUGUUAAUUUAUUAUCUUGGAUUUUAGUAUGUAAAUUUAUUCCUACAUGUUUAGCUAUCCCGUUCUACUUUUGUCUUAUUUAGUUUUAUUUGGCAUCCACUAUUAUACUUUGUUAUGUAUUACUAUAAAUAAAUAUAUGUAAAUCUUUAAAAAAGUGGCUGCAGUUGCCUGGCCCAACAGAGCAGUCCCAGAAGCUCCCUUCUCUCUGUCCUCCUUUGACCAUUUCCAAUGGUUCUGCUUCACAGAUCUCCCCUCGGUUGCGGCUCUUUGACCCUCAGAUAAGGGAGAAACCUGAGCAGGAAUUUUUUGAUGAACCUGAUUGGUUGGUACAACUUCGAAGCUUAGAUGGGCAGAUCAAGGUGAGUAUGCUGUCCUCCCAUAAGUUCAGUGUGUGAGAUUCCCAAGCAUGUUCAUUCAAUCAGUGUAGCCCCGCUUUGUGCAGUAUAAACAGAAGUGAGCUGAGGGUUUCAGCUGAAAACCUUUCCCUUAUUUUUAAAGAGUUGCUUGGAAACAUUAGCAGCCUUAUACCUCAUGUUGCUCAGGAAUAUUAAGAAACCAAGGAAAAACCAGUGCAGUUUCGAAAUCAGUUUUGAAAGGUUCAAUCCACCAUCUUGAUUCAAAAUUGCAUCCUAGGGUCUCCAGACAUAGACCAAAACUUGCUCCUUGAUCUCAAGAACCAUUGUACAAAAGAAAAAGAACCCUGUCUAACCCUGAAGGGAUCCAUUGCCAGUCAGUGUAGACAAUAUUGAGCUAGAUGGGCUCAAUGCUUUGACUCUUUGUAAGGCAGCGACCUGUGCUCCUCUCUCUCUGACUAAGGGAUGGAGGUCACAGAGGGGCCUUUAACCUAGAAACCUUUUGCAGUGGUGGUCUUGGGCCUAGCAAAGGGAAACAUGUAGAUAUGUCUGUCAGUUGAAAACUGCCAUCUUUGAUUUUUUUCUUCUCCCAGGAGGGCGGGAUCGCUUACAGCGCAGGGAGAUCCACACCUCAGCAAUAUGCCUGCAGCACACCAAGCUCUGAACUGGACCAUGUCAGUCAAAGCGAGGGGAUGGGGGCUGGCCAUGAGAUGCUAUCCGGCUCUGACAACCCACUCCUGGCCUCUUUGCUUCCUGACACAGGUCACCCUGUGCAGCCGAGUGUCCAGCUGAUGCCUUCCGGUGGGUGUUCCUUGCCAUUGUUUCAUGGGGUAGGGAGAGGUCAGAGAUGGGGCAGGGAGAAUAAGAAACAACAGUGAAUUGUAGGGUGGGAACCAUUUGUCAGCAGUGUCCACUGUUGGAAUGUGGUGGUGGGCUCCCCACGACCCUUUGUGCUCCCAGUUUAAGGCCGUGUUGUGUUUGGUGUUAAGUACAUCAGAGGAGCCCUGAUGAGUCACUCCAGUGGCCUAACUAGUCCAGCUUCCUGUCCUCACAGUAGCCACCCAGAUGCUGCAGUGGGAAGCCCACAAGCAAGAGCCGGAUACAGUUGCUCCUUCCAACUGUGAAGGCAGCGCAUAGCCAUCGUGGCUAGUAGCCACUGCUAGCCUUCUCCUCCUCUGUGCCAGUAGUCAUCACUUGGUUGGGGAUCCAGUUUGCUCUUUUUGGUUAUGAUGUCUCAAGGCACACAGGCUGCCUGGGUGGAGCUUGUUUCCACAACCCAUGCAGUUCAUUGAUGGUAGGUUUGACCUGUCAGCAGCCACUGAGCUGCUUCUGGCGAUGCAAAUUGACCCAAAUAUAUUCUCAUCCAUCAAAGAGGGGUGGAAAAUUCUUUGGAUUGAUAGUGAGUUAUAAUAAUAAUAAUAAUAAUAAUAAUAAUAAUAAUAAUAAUAAUAUCUUUAUUGUCAUAAAGUUGUUCUGGGCUCCAGUCUGUUGUGGGUUACAAACAUCCUAGAUGUCCAUUUACCUUCUUUGUCACUCCCUCCAUAGCUCCCCAGGCCAUCCUUGACAGCUCAGUCACUGCGGCACCUUCUUCCCAUUCAGAGGCUACUGGCCAUACGCCUUUCUAUCCUGCGGCUCCUCCUUCUACAGGGCCAGGACCCAGCUAUGCCCAUGCCUAUGGAGCCGAGCAGAACCCUCCAUACCCCACGAUGGGGAUGGUGCCACAAACAGGCCCAUCCUCUCAAGCAAAUGAGCUUCAGCUGCAGGAGCAGCUCAACCAAGAUGCAGGUUUGUCCUGGCAUUGUGGCAGGGGCGGGGUGUGACAGAAAGGGGUCUCUCUGCUUUUUUCCAUUCUUGGAGAGCUGCACAUGUUUCAAAGGUCCCCAUCACUUGCUUAUGUCCUGCACUGCAAAGUUACGGUCACAUUGGGGAGUGCCGUACAAUAUGGAAUGUCCACACCAAAAUAUCAUAAGAACAUAAGAAGAAACCAGCCCUUGACCAAUGUUCUGAAACGCAGGCCCAAAGAAGGGCUUGUAGGAGUGGUUGGGUGCAGGGACGCUAAAGAAGAAUGUGAAAAACAUCAGAGUGGCCAGUUCUAGAGAAGGUGUAGACUUACAGCAAAGCAGCCUGCCAGUUCUCCUAGCCUUUGCAGAUGCAGGAUAGACAACAUAGCAAGCAGAUGGCUUGUCCACACCCAAGCAAACAUGCAUACAUUCUUCAUAAACAAAGCAACAUAUGUCAUUUCACCUGACUAGAUGAGGGCAUUGAUGGUAGAUACCCAAGUCUUAAAGAUAGUUCCCCUUUCUGGGCUCAGAGCCCAGCACCCCAAGCCUCACAGAUAAGGGUAACAUCAAAGCAUCAUUAGCCUCUAUAAAAGCAAGUGACUGUAAACAUAUGUGAGCUCAUUGCUGCAACAACUACCAAUUAAUUGUGGGGUUAUCUUGACAGCCAAGAUGUCAUUAGCAAAGCUUCCGAAACAAUUCACCUUUGAUUCAACACAGCCAGCAGCCCAUCUCAUUCAGUAUCCUGUUCUCACAGUGGACAGUUAGAUGCCUUUGGGGAAACUCUCAAGCAGGAUCUGAGCACAGGAGCCCUCUCCUCUCCUGUAGUUUUCAGCAACUGAUGCUCAGAAGCAUGGCUGCCCCCAGCUGUGAAUACAGAGCAUCGUGGCCACCCUGACUAGUGGCCAUUGCUAGCUCUCUCCUCCAUGAAUUUGUCUAGUCCUCUUUAAAGCAUCACCCUCUAGGUUGAUGGCCAUCACUGCUUCCUGUGAAAGCAAGUUCAGCAAACGUUGAGCUGGUUUAUCCAUUGAUGCAAUUUAUUGAUGCAAUCAUUCUUGUGCCUCCUUCCAACCCAUUGCAUACUCAUCCUGAUCUGUCUUUUAUAUCUGCCUCAGGAGUGCAGGGCGGCUCCCAGGAGACUCAAGCUUGGAAGGCCAGACCAGAGCCCAGAGAGGAUGACUUCUAUGGGAAGAUGGCAAGCAUGGUAUCCAUCCUGCUCUUACUCUUUUUUUAACGUUUUGUUUUGUUGGGAGCACAUAAUGGCCAUUAAUUUGGAGCCAAAUUCCACCCAUGACCCUGUCUGAAAGCUCUGUCCUUCCUUCCUCUCCAGUUUGUAGCUCAGGUUUGUACGAGGGCCAAGCAAAGGGGCAUCUGGAGGUCCGCUUCUGGGUUCUGCUUUCGAAUCUGUCGUUCGGAAGUGCUGUCCUCCCAGCUAGCUGUGCUGACGAUGAGUGUGUGGCCAUCCUCAUCUGGCACACACAUAAAAGGGUUGUACCCAAUGUUAACCCGAUACUCGGAGGAGACCCAGUGAAAUUAAUGGGACAUGACUGAUUUAGGCUUAUUCAUUUCAGUGAGUGUACACUGAGAAAAUUUUUUGUUGUGUACAGCCCAGAAAAAAAAGGUCUGGUAUUGAAGGCGUGCUGUGAAUCCCCACCCUUGUUUGUGUGUGCUGUGUGCAUGCUCAGACGCCAGGGGCAUGCUGAAGCAGAAGGCGAGGUGGCUCAUUGGUAGAGUGCCUGCUUUGAAUGCAGAAGGACACAGGUUCAGUCCCUAACAGCAUCUCCAGGUAGGGAUGGGAAGGGCUCCCUGCCUGAAACCCUGGAGACAACGCUGAGCUGGAUGGACUUGGUAUAAGGCAGCUUCUCAUGUUCCUAAGACCGUUUGUUUGGCAGAGUAGCCCCCUCUGUUUUAGGUGUGUGGGCCAGAUUUUCUGGACACCUCCCCCCCCCCCCAGGAUAACCUAAUCCUCCUUUCCACACAGUCAUACUGAAGAGUGGCCAAGAGCAGAGGAGCCAGGUGGUCAAGGGGGGAGUCCAGUCAAGACCUGUUACAGGCGUGGAGCUCCUAUAGUCUUCUGGAUAUUGCUGAACUGUUGUUAUAAACAUUAAUUACCCGCCCUUCACCCUAAGGUCCUUGGGUGGGUUGCAACUUUAAAACACAAUAUUAAAAGCAGUUUAAAACAACUGAAAACUUGCAACUCCCAUCAUCACAUUUGCCACAUUUGCUGGGGCUAAUGGGAGUUGUAGUUCAGCAAUUUCCAGAGGGCCAAAGGCUCCCCACUCCCAACCUGUUGUAUCAGGCUCACCGUACAGCCUUUGCCUUCCCACUUAACAAGCUCAACUUGUGGCUGAAGAAUGUGCUGGUCUGACUCUGCAUCCGCUGUUAGUAGGUUGGCUUAGCUUGCUUGUUGAUGUACUGGCUUUGUGUCUAAGCAGGGCUCGGGCCGACGAUCCAGAUCCACCUCCCAGUCUUCUUCAGUUCACAUGGUAUGCCAUGCGCAGACUCCCUACCUCUGUCGCUCUAUAUGUCUGUCUGUCUGUCUCUCUCUCUCUCUCUCUUUCAUUCCUCCCUUUUAAAAAAAUAUCUCACUCUUUCUUCACACAUCCAUGCUGCAUUGGAACUUUUUCUCUGCCCUGAUGAACCUUGGGAUGUGUCCAACUAAGUUCUACUCAAGAGUAGACCCACUGAAACUGACGAACCAAAGUUAACAAAGCUGAUCAACCAAAGUUAGUCAACAUCCAUCCAUCCAUCUACAGUGGUACCUCUGGUUACAAACACCUCUGGUUACAAACACUUCGGGUUACAGACUCCACUAACCCGGAAGUAGUACCUCGGGUUAAGAACUUUGCCCCAGGAUGAGAACAGAACUCAUGCAGCAGUGCAGCAGCAGUGGGAGGCCCCAUUAGCUAAAGUGGUACCUCAGGUUAAGAACAGUUUCAGGUUAAGAAUGGACCUCCAGAACAAAUUAAGUUCGUAACCAGAGGUACCACUGUAUUUCAGCGGAUCUGCUCUUGAGUCAGACUAACAGGGGACCCAGACUAACAGGGGACCCACAACACCUCUUGGCACCUGCUGAAGCUUCCUUCUCUUUUGGGGUUGUAAUGUUAUCCUGGUUCCUUUUGUAACAAUUGCAGGGCUUCGGGGUGCGAUCCCGGACCACCUCAGAAUCCUCUGUGCACUCUGUUGGGCGCGAGAGGCGGAACUCUGCAGCCAAGCAGCCCUCCCCGCCCCCACCGCCCAUCCCAGAAGGGAAGCCAAGCAAAAAAGAGCCUGAGCCUCGGAAGGUAGGCCAGCAUUCAAGGUAAAAGUAGCAGCUUCAUCUCUGCCCCCAGCUUUUCCAAUUGGCUGGGUUUGUUGGGGGCGGGGCCAUUGUCUUCACCCUCUUGCAAGACUUACCUUUCUUUUCUUUUCCCUGCAGAGUGGAGCAACGUGGCUUGGCUGGCUGAUGGGGAAAGGCAAGAACGAAGCUCACCUCCCUGAUGAUAAGAACAAAUCGGUAGGUCUACCCUGAAUCCCAGUGGUUGUGAGUCCUUAACUGAACAUCUGCACAACCUGCCUGGAUUGCCUCCUAACCAGUUCCUAUGUGUUCUCCUAGAUUGUCUGGGAUGAAAAGAAACAGCGGUGGGUCAACUUGGAUGAACCGGAGGAAGAGGUAAAUACUGGGCAGAGCUGCAGUUCCCAGAGUUCCCUGUAAAAGAGGGAUUGGCUGUUCAACCAUUUUGGAAGCUAUAGCUUUGCGAGGGGUCUAAGGGGGUCUCCCAGCAACCCUUGGCACCAUGAAUGAAUUCGCAAAAUUAUUCAGGAGAAGCCGUGACUGUCCAAAGUGGUAUCACAGUGCAUGAUGUGAAUGUGACAGAUAGUCUGGGGUCAAGCAAAGAGCAGAGUUUAGUUCGUUUCCUUUCCUAAUGCACCUGCCCCAGGAGGUGGCCUUGGUUUCAAGGGUCUGUUUUCCUCCUACUUCCAGAGCAAGCCACCACCUCCACCUCCUUCAGGGUUCCCUCAGGUCCCUCAAGCAGUUCCCUCUGGAUCAGGAGGACCUCCCAACAGCUCCGUAAACAUGUUCUCCAGGAAAGCAGGUAACUGUUCAGGUGUGAGCUGUGUUCUGGGCAUUAAUAGCAUGUACAAUAGACAUGUUUGUUUGUUUCGGUCCUUGGCAGAGGAUUCCAUCUUUGCCAGUCAUUACAGAUGCAAGAAGCUGCAUGUCAGGUCUGUUACCCUUACGCAAAAUUAUGUGCGAAACAAAUAAUUACUAGGCAGGGAUUAGGCAGAGAAAUGUGUGUGUGUAAUUAUUAUUUGACAACUAUUAACAAUAACCCACAGAACUACAGUAUUUCCUAUUUAAAAUACCUUGCAUACCUCAAAACCUACUUGAAUCUGCUCUCAGAGUAGGCAGUUACUUUCCUGACAAUAAUGUAUAAGGGGCAACCAGUUUUCCCAGAUUUUAUUUCCAUAUUCACUUGCAAUUCUUGCUCUUGGAUAAGCAGUUAUUUUUUGCCAUUAUGACCAAAGGCCAGGUUUUAAAAAAAACAACAACAAAAAACUUUGUUAGUUGUUUUUUCAAUAUAAAGUGAGUAGUUUUAAAAACAGUUUAAAACAACAACACAGGAAUUGAAAGUAAUACAGCAAAGGUGGCUUCCUAACAUCAAGGGGCAGGGAGUUCCACAGGGUAGGUGCUGCCACACUGAAGAAUUGGUUCUUUGCAAGUGUGGAAUGACCAUUACGUGGCUAUUCUACUCGCACGUGUUGUUCUCCGCACUUCACACUCCCAGCGUUAGUGAGCUUGAAUCCAGCUGUCCUGCUUAGAGUAACUGAAAAUUCAUUUAUUUAUUUAAUUUACAUGCCACCUUUUCCUCCAAGGAGCUCAAGGCAGUGUAUAUAGUUCUCUUCCUUCUCUGUUUUAAUCCUUACUACAUUAGAUUGAUAGGUAGUGACACUGACCCACGGUCACACCUAUUGAGCUUUAUAGCCAAGUGGGGAUUCAAACUCUAGUCUCUCCCAGGCCCUAAUCCAACACUUAACUGUUACAUCAUGCUGGCUCUCUGUGAAUGAAUGGACCUAAGUUAAUAAUGUCCAUUAGUUUUAAUGGGUUUGCUUGGACCCUUGCUAAUAAUAAUAAUAAUAAUAAUAAUAAUAAUAAUAAUAAUUUAUUAUUUGUACCCCACCCAUCUGGCUGGGUUUCUCCAGCCACUCUGGGCGGCUUCCAUAGAAACCAAAAAUACACUAAAAUAUCACAGAUUAAAAACUUCCCUGAACAGGGCUGCCUUAAGAUGUCUUCUGAAUGUCAGAUAGUUAUUUAUCGCUUUGACAUCUGAUGGGAGGGUGUUCCACAGGGCGGGCGCCACUACCGAGAAGGCCCUCUGCCUGGUUCCCUGUAGCUUUGCUUCUCGCAGUGAGGGGACUGCCAGAAGGCCCUCGGCGCUGGACCUCAGCGUCCGGGCAGAACGAUGGGGGUGGAGACGCUCCUUCAGGUAUACUGGGCCGAGGCCGUUUAGGGCUUUAAAGGUCAACACCAGCACUUUGAAUUGUGCUCGGAAACGUACUGGGAGCCAAUGUAGGUCUUUCAAGACCGGUGUUAUGUGGUCUCGGCGGCCACCCCCAGUCACCAGUCUAGCUGCCGCAUUCUGGAUAAUGUGAUUAUGACUAUUUUUGGAGGGUGCUCUUGCUUCCUGGUUGCCCUCACCCACCCACUCCCUGAUCUCAACCUUCAGACUCCAUCACUGCAUGGUGAUAAGCUUUCCUCCUUGCCUCUUUCCAGCAGGAAGCAGAGCCCGGUAUGUCGACAUCCUGAACCCUGGUGGGGCCAAGUCACCCAGUGGUGGUGCUGCGCCCCCUGCUCCAUCAGACCUCUUUGCUCCCCUGGCCCCCAUGCCCAUCGCAGCAAACCUCUUCGUCCCAAACUCAGGUGAGUCGAGCCUGGAGAGGCCUCUCCCUGCCCCAGCCCACCUCCUCUGCCUCCCUCACUUCCUCUUGUAUAACUGUUUGAGGGUCAGUCUUACUCCUCUUGUUUGGCCUCUUUCUUGUUAUUUAAGGAAAGGAGGAAAUAAAAGUGUCAUGAGUUUUCACAGUCUUCAUGGGAACUGCCAUUUGGUGGGUGGAUUCGCCAGCAGCUAUAAGUAUUUCUCGCUCUCUUUAGGUGCCUUGGGUUUUAUAAUAAUAAUUUUAAAAAGUGGGAUUUGACCCUUGGGGUUCCCUUCCAGCCCUACAAUUCUCUGGUUCUUCCUUGAAAUUUGAAAUUUCCUUUACCAGUUGACUUGAUGUUUGAACAGCCAGCACUAGAGAAUAUAUUCCCCGAUUGAUCAAUAGAUCUAAAAGUAAAAGCCAAGGUGCUAAAUAAACAUGAGUUUCUACAACAUAAAAAUGAAAAUACUAAAAAACAUAUUUAGAGUAGAGUAUACAAUAUGAAGCAAACAAUCUUUUAUGGCUUCAUAACUCUGAAAUGUAGACACUGUGUAGAACAUCCCAUUAACAAACAGCAAUUAGUCUCCCCACCCCCACCCCUAUUCAGUUUAGAGGGUGAAACUUUUUAUCGCAGACAGCUGUUUUCUGGCAAAUCAUGGAAAGCUCUAAAGUGCAGAGGUGGCUAAUUUGUUUCCCUCCAAACAACGUUGGACUCAAACUCUCAUCAGCCCCUGAGUCAGCAUGGCUGAUAAUCAUGGAUGAUGGGAGUUGUAGUCCAGCAGCAGGUGGAAGGUCUACUUGCUAGUCCCACCUACUCUCAGGGGCAAAGAGGAGUUAUCCUUUGCUUGUGGUCUUUUUUCCUUGGAAAAUGGGCUGCUCAGUCUUGGCCUCUCCCAUGCGCACCUUUGGGUGCAACCACCCUGUCUGAAGAGAUACAAAGCUUGUUUUGUGUACUAACUUGGGGUCUCUCUCCUGCAGUUCCAGAGGAUCAGCUGCCUUUGGAGGAGAAAGGGGUGGGAGGGCAGCUGGUGCCAGGAAGCCAGAGCAACCCUGGAGUGGCUGCAGAACCCUCAGUAAGUUGGAUUUGCAGUGUUAACAUGUUCUCAGAGAAUAUUAAGACUGCCUGUGGCUACUAACUUGAUGGAUAUGUUCUGCCUCCAAUGCUGGAGGGGCAGUGUGCCUCUGAAUCAGACCACACAUGUGGGGGCAGUGCUGCUGUUGUGCUCAGGUCCUUCCUGUGGCAUAAUAGGCAUCUGGUUUGCCACUGGAAGAACAGGAGGCUGGACCAGAUGGGCCCGCUUUGGCCUGAUCCAGCAUGUCGCUUAUAAGUCUUUAGGAGGUUACACAACCCUUGUUGGGGACUGAUAUGGAUUUGUCCCAUAGCAGGAUUUCUGUUUUAAGAAAAGAAUUUCGUAAAAUACCUAUUUUUUUCAAAAGCCUAUUGAUCUUUGGAUUGUUGGUAGCGUUUUGCUGGGCCUUUAGGGUCCCAUUCCCUGGUUUGUUCUGCCACCUAAUUCUGCUUCUUUGUUUUUCUCCCUGGAGUACUUAAAUUCUGCCAUGUUGCCACCUGGCUCUGAGCUCCCUCCCUCCAACCCAGAGGACUCCCAGCCUGGAGAGGUAGGUCUGCAUGGCCAAAUGAGUGGGUGGGGGGACCUCUACAGGCAAGUCCUAAACCCUUAGAUAAAGGGACAGCAGCAGCAGGUAACUGAGUCAUGAGCAGAUUUGCCCCUGAAGUUUUGUGUUACCUCCAAAAUCAGAACCAGGAGUAGUUGGCAGAGGCUUUUCAGAUCUGUUUUGGCAUUUGGAGGUAGUCAUCUUCUGAAAUCCAGUUGCUGGAAAUGACAGGAAGGGAGAGUGUUCUUGUGCUCAAAUCCUGCUCUUGAACUUCUCUUUGGGGCAUCUGGGUGGCCACUGUGUGAACAGGAGGCUGGACUAAAUGCCACACCUUUGGUCUGUUCCAGCAGGCUGUUCUUUCAGGCUGGGCAGGGGGUGGGCGUGGGGGGUGCUAAUUGAACAGGUCUCUGCAUAAAAGAACAGAGGAGUCUGCCUUAUCAUUGGCUCAGUAUUGUCUACACUGACUGGCAGUGACUCUCCAGGGUUUUCAUACAAGGAGGGACAUUUCCAGCCCUGCCAGGAGAGGCCAUGGGGGCCUGUACCUGGAACCUUCUGCAUGAAAAGCAGUUGCUCUGCCAUUGAGCUGUGGCCUUUCCCCACAGGAAGGAGGUUGUGGAGGAAGUUUCUUUUUUUAUGUGAAAAGGCAGGGUGGUAGAUUCUCCUCUUUCCCCCUCUGUGCAUGUGUGUGGUUUAUCAUAUUAAAUGCCAAUGCAGAUGCAUAACCGUAACCCCACUAGAUUUACAAAUCGUAGGCAGGCACCAUUACCAGCUGCAUCUUGGGUGUGUUUAACCAAAGAAGUUACUCUCCUGCCCUUUUAUUUUUUAUUUCUGCAAUUUAAGCUAACUUACCUCCUUUUGUAAUUCAUAUCAUUUAACCAUUGGUGCCGGAAGGUCCUUUCUCCACCCCAUUUAUUGAAAAUAGGAGAACAGAGAGCUUGAGGCAGAAGCCUGCAUGAUGACUUUUUGAUUCCCUUUUUUUGUGUGUGUUGUUGUGUGUGUGUGUAUGUGUGUGUUUUUGCUGUUUUGUAGCUUUCGCGCUCUAGCUCAAUGAGCUCAUUAUCACGUGAAGUAAGCCAGCAUUUUAAUCAGGUACAUUUGGCUGGCCAUCCUUCCUUAACCCUGGCUCUCUCCCUCUUUGAGUUCUCUCCUCAUCCUCCCUACCCUUCAUAUCUCUCUCUCUCUCUCUCUCUCUCUCUCUCUCUGCCCCCCCCCUUUUAUGUUUGCUUUACUUUUUAAUACACAUCUUCUCCUACCUGCAUUUCAUGGGACUAACAUGAGGCCACAAAGAUGAAGUAUUCCUCCUUGCCUUUAGAGAGUCGCAGUUGUGAUCCAAGUUUAGCUGGGCUCCUUCCUCUCUUAGUAAUCCUUCCCUUUGAGAAUUUUGACUGCAUUGGACAUUCCACCUCUUUCUUUGGGGGACGGACGCAACUUACUUAGUCUUUGCAGGAAGAAAUAACUCAGGACUGAGAGCUGGAUUUAUUCCACUCCUCAAAAUACGGUGGUGACCCCCCCCCCAUAUUUAUUUGUUGGAAUUCUUGGACCAGCCUUCCCCAACCAGAAGCGUUGAACUACAGCUUAAAGGGAAGGCUGAUUUAGACAGUGUUUGAUAUGAAUAUUCAGGGCAUUGUACUUCAAACAGGAAAAGCAUAAAGAUAAACAUGAUGAAUCUUUAAAGCUUAACACAAAGAACAUUGAAACCAAUGCAACAAAGACUCAAGAGCAGCAUUGAAGAACCCAGCAAAUUAAACUCUCCUCAUGUCAAACACUCAGAUAUGAGUUUUUACUGCCCUUCAAAUACUAUUGCAGUGGCUUCCUCUAACCUUGGUGCCUUCCAGAAGUUGCUGGACUACAACUUCCAUGGUCCCUAACAGUGGGUGGGCGUGAUGGCAGUUGUAGUCCUACAACCUCUGAAGUAGAGUUAGCACCAUAAUGCUGAAGGCUAUUGUACAAGGGGAGUGAUACUUGGGGACCUGGAACAUGCGCCAUCCCCAAGUGGACAUGUUGCUGUUCUGCUUAAAAAUAAUUCUCUCUCUCUGAAAGUCCUUGAUUCCCUGGGCAAAAGAGGGCAUGUGGCAGACCAAGGUUUUUACAGCCACUGCGUGGUGGUGCAUCAGAUGUACCAAAAGCACUCUGGUCUCUGUGUGAUGCUUUGCAGGGGAGGUGUUGACCUGAGGAGAGCCAGGCUGGAGGUUCCGCCCACAGGGCCAAGACGUCACUAGCCGCCUCUGUGUGGUGGUUUGUUUCGAAAAUUUAUAAACAGAACAGGCACUGUUACAGGUGCCACAUAAUACCCAUUUCCCAUUUGUAAGAACUUGGAUCUCCUAGUCAGAUAGCACCAAUGCACUUUGGAACCCCCUGCCUAUUGAUGUCAGACCUUUCCUGUACUCUUUUCAGCACUUGCUAAAACAUUCUUGUUUAGAUGAGCCUGCCCAGAUGUUUAGAAAGUUGAUGCAAGUUUUAAUCUGUUUUUAGUCUACUGCUAUUUUUACAUUUUUGAAAUUCCUAAAUUGUUACUGUAAAUUCUUCUUAGUGUCAAUUUUAUUCUUUUGUUUUAUUUAAUUUUUGGUAAACUGCUUUGAGGUUUUCCUUUUGGAUGUGAGGGCACGAUCUGGCUGCGACAUCUGUCACCUCAUUUGGUCACCAGCGUUUUCUUUUUACAUUUGAGAGGUGUAUAAUUUUUAUGAAACAAGCAAACGGGUCUGGAUAGUCUUGCUGAAGCAGAAAAGUUUUCAGCAGGUAUCUAAAGCAAUAGAGCAAGAGGGCGCCUUCCUAACACCAAUAAGCAGGGAGUUCCAGAGUUCCUACCACACUAAAAGACUGAAUUUUCACAAAUGUGGAAUGGACGCUGUGGUGCUUCUAACAGCGCAAUUUCUGGAGAUCGAAAUGAUCUGAUAAUCGAUCUGUCUGGGUUAAGGCCUUUUACGUUUGGAGGAGCCUCCAAAGCAGGUUUUCUUCAUCUGGGCCUCUUAGCCUUUAAAAUGCAAGGAGUGCAAAAGUCUUUCCCCCAGCUCUGUGAGGGAGAAGCCAAAUGCUUCUUAAACUUUCCUGCGGGGGGGGGGGGGGCCUCCUCGGAUAAUAUGAAUUGGGGCGAGUCCACCAUGCGGUUCUCAAGCAAGGCAUAAGCCUCACUAAUGCAGGUUGCUGGCUGGUGCUUCCUCAAGCAACUGGCCACCAUUAACCCCUUCUGCUCUUCCUCCCGCAUGCCCCAAGCAAGCAAGUCAUUUUGGGUCUGUGCAUGUGCCUUGGUUUGGCGAUGACCCUGCACCCUGCUGCUGCUGUUGACAAUGUGGGAAACUUCUUGAAGCGCUGGGGGGGGGGGGAGGGCCAAGAAUGCGUGGGUUUAGUUCCUUUUGUGUGUGUGUCUUGUGUGUUUCCAUCCAUGUAUAACAACAAACUUCUGUUGCUCUGCACCUACUUGGGGGCGCUGGCAGUGUUAUGCAACCUCUUCCUUCCAUCUGUCAAGUGCACAAAAUGAACUUGGUAAGAAACGGUGAUGUCUCUUUUUGUUUGCAUCUCACUAAUGGAAAGCUCUCCUUCUCCACUGCAGCCACCUUCAGGAGGACCCCCAGCCGGCACAGUCCAGUUUUACAACCCUUCCCAGUUUGUGCAGGUAACGUUGUUCAUUCCUGGAAACACACAAAAAACACAUGUACAUGCCCCCUGGUAAGGGAGAUCCUCCCUCUUCUGCCCAUUCUACAGAUGGGAGUUAUGAGGGUCACAGAGGAGUUGCUGCAAAAACAUCCCAUAAUUUACAUCCUGAGCAAAGCCUAUAUUCUUUUGGGGGUGGGGUGAGUAAAUGGUCAAGAGCAGGGAGUGGCGGGAAACCUUUGGGCCUCCAGGUGUUGCUGGACUACAGCUUGCCUAAGUUGGCUUGGCAAAUUCUCCCUAGGUGUUGUGAGUUGGUGUCCUGCAACAUUUGGAGGAACCACUGACCAGGAGACGUUUCUUUGUGUCUCACCUCAGCCCACCGGUUUGCUUGGGGGAUGCUUUUGCAAAAGCCUUUCAGCUUUGGGGAUUCAGGUUGAUUUGGCACAGAAUUCCAGAUACUUUGCAUUUUGAGUUUAUCUAUUCAACUUGGAGUCAAAGGGAAGUAGUGUUCCCAUACAUUUAUGAAAAUGUCCCUGGUAUGAACUGCCCUGAGACAUACAAGUAUAGGGCGCUGUACAAAUUUAAUAAAUAAAUAAAAUGUUCUGUUUGUGGGUUGUUGAUUUUUUUCUUCUCUUGUGUAGGUAGAAAUUGGAUUCAGCUUUGUUAUUUCUUGUCUUUUUCCAGUCUGCUGCAGCUUCAGGAAACUCAAGACAUGGCAGAAUUGGACAGAGAAAAUACCCCACCUUAAAAUAG